GUAUUUGGCAGGAAGAUCCGGCGUCUUCGUCUAGCAGGGCUCACUAUUUGGCCAGAGGCAGAAAGGCGGGACUCGACGGUUGAAGAAUUUUUUGGCUCCACUGAAAUCCUGCACGCAUGCACCUAGAAAACCACGGAAAUGAGCAGGAAAAAUCAUCCCAAUCCUUAGAAGACCUGCUGAAUGAAGGUCCCAGGAAAACAGGACAGUUGAGUUUUCCUACCAGCGCCUCCUCCCGGACCACCUGGGCUUUUAUUUUGAAGGGCGGCGCCAGACUUUCCCGCCCUCCCUCCAUCUUGGCGCAGCCAGCUUGACGCAGCGGAGCCUCAAACGGAGGCAGAGCGGAUCAAUCUGGAGCUUCGGCGGCUGAUUGGGAUCAUGCGGCAGCGCUGACCGCCGUGUCGAAAAUCUUCCUGCCGUUUCCAGUUUGAGUCCAACAGCUUGACGUCCCCCAGUGGCCCCUGUGGCUCCCAGUGGCCCCCAGCCUCCAGGCGUUAGACCGAUCCUGACCUGGAUGAGACGUCUCACCGGAUCCGAAUAAUUCCUGGUUCACCUCCUCCCUUCUCUCCCUUCCCUCCCCUUUCCUUCUCCCUCCCUCCAUCCUCACCCCCCGUCCUGAGUCCAGACUCAAAGCAGCGACCUGAUUGGCUGUCCCCCCCAUUCCCCCACCCACCACCCCCAGGUGAAUGAAUGAAGACUCCAUUUAAGAGCCCAGCGGCGCCGCGGCCCCGAGCGGACGGGGGACAUUCCGGCGUCUCUGCAAACAUGAUGAAGAAGAAGAAUCCACACAAGAAGCAGAGGACCAGCGUUGGACCCAGUAAGACGCUGGUUCCGCCCAGGAGGAACAUCGUGGGCUGCCGGAUCCAGCACAUCUGGAAGGAGGGCAGUAAAUCGUCCCAGUGGAAGGGGACGGUUCUGGACCAGGUUCCGGUCAACCCGUCUCUCUACCUGAUCAAGUACGACGGCUUCGACUGCGUCUACGGCCUGGAGCUGUACGCCGACGAGCGCGUGGUCGGCCUGGAGGUUCUGCCCGACAGAGUGGCUCAGGCCCGGGUGAGCGACUCGCUGCUGGCGGAGACGAUGAUCGGGAAGGCGGUGGAGCACAUGUUUGAGACGGAGGACGGGCCGAAGGAGGAGUGGAGGGGGAUGGUUCUGGCCCGAGCCCCCAUCAUGACCACCUGGUUCUACAUCACCUACGAGAAGGACCCGGUUCUGUACAUGUACCAGCUGCUGGACGACUACAAGGAGGGCGACCUGCGCAUCAUGCCCGACUCCAACGAGAACGUGGCGGCGGAGCGGGAGCCGGGCGAGGUGGUGGACAGCCUGGUGGGGAAGCAGGUGGAGUACGCCAAGGAGGACGGCGGGAAGCGGUCGGGGAUGGUCAUCCACCAGGUGGAGGCCAAACCCUCCGUCUACUUCAUCAAGUUCGAUGACGACUUCCACAUCUACGUCUACGACCUGGUCAAGACCUCCUAAGGCCCGGCGCGUCCAGACGGCAGCCGGACUUUGUAGCUCUUUGUUUCUAGAGACGCCUUAACGCGACGGACGCGGCGCCAUCAGUCAUCGACUCUUCAACCGGACCAAACGGCUGGAACCUGCCUUGGGUUUCCAGACUAUGGCGGAACAAGCGUCCGUCUUUACUAAACUUCUCCUUCCUGUGACUCCAUCCGGAGGAACGCCUCAUUCCUGACGGCCCUCUGGACCCGAGGCGGGGCGUCUGAGCCCGACGGGGUUAAUGACGGGGUGGGACGGCGACAGGAACACGGACCGCUCUGAGUCUGGCAGAGAAAAGACCUUCCCUGUGAAAUUUGUGCCAAAUUGUUGAACUUUUCUAGAGCGUCACUCCAACCGGCUGGUUUUAGGUUCCUGAAGUGAACAUCCGGAUGAUUCUGCAUUUAUACUGUAACGGUUUUCCACAUGCCCCGCCCCCCGACUUCUAAAUGUGGACAAUCAGAACCUCAUACCGUAUUAACCCAGAUAACGGUGAACUUUAGACCCUCUGACGCUUUCAGGAUCUGCUUCUGGACCGAGGAACCUUCCAGAUUCCAGAGCCGACCCUGGAAGACCACAGAGGAGGUUUUCCCAACAGAUCCCUGGAGUUCUGACAGUCCGAUCCAGAUGAUCCGGAUCAACUGAUCCUGGAGCUUCAGAGUAUGUGGGGGGGACCGAUCCUGGACUUCUUAACAGUCCAGUGAUCCAGAGACGAUCCCGGUCAACGGUUCCUGGAGUUUCUAUCGGAAUCUGCUGAUCCAAAUAUAACGUGGAUCAAUGGAUCCUGGAGUUCCCAUGGAGUCUGUUGGUCCAGAGAUGAUCCGGAUCAGUGGACGGAUCCGGAUCCUGGGGUUCCUGUCGAUGACCCGACUCGCUGCUGUUGUAGUUUACAGUGUUUUCUUGUACAGUGAUCUUAUGUUGGUGCGUUGGACGUCUUCGGUUCCUCCGUGUCGGUUUCGUUCCCAGUCGGUCCGACUGGGUCUGUGGAUGGAGGCGCUCUGCCGCAUCCAGUCGGGUGUUUGAAGGAAGUCCUGCUCUUUUCUCUGAUGUAGCCCGUCUUCAGUUUCCCUUCCUCCAACAGACGCGCCAGCCGCCAUGUUGCCUGAUCUCAUGUGCCUGAAGGACGGAUCCAGACAUUCCUGCUGGCUGGGUUGGGAAGCGUCGCUCACGGCUCCGGCGUUCCUUUCUGGGUGGAUCCUGUUGAAUCUUUUCCAGAUUUCUAAUCUGCUGAACAUCCAGUUCAGCCCAAAACCCAAAUGGUGUCCAGCGUUGCUUCUCCUCCAGAUCUCCUCUAAACUAAAGCACAGGUUUUAAUUUUGAUUCAAUUAAACUCAAAUCUGAAAAUAUGGGAAUUCAAACGUUCUCUUACUUUUUCUUCUUUUUAGAGAAUUCCUACUCAGAAUCCUGAGAAAAAUUUUAUUCUAACUUUAAUUUCUAUCAGAAUUGUUUACAUUUUUAUGCACCUUUCAGUCAAUCUAGUCUUAAAGCCCAAAUUCUGUUUAGAGUCAGAAUCUCUUUUUUUACUUUUCAGUGGUUAUAAUUUUCAGAAAACAUUUGGACACAUUUUGUUCAUGUUGAGAAACAACCAAAGCUUGGAAACCUGCUAAUCUGGAGCUAAUCUGGUGGGAUGUUGGAUUAACAUCACAAUCUGGGGAUUAAAGUGGAUCUUUUUGACUAAUUGAAGUUGCAGAUGGAUUUUUUUUUUCUAAGACUUGAUUUAUUGGAUCUUUAUAAAAACUGAUGUUCUGGUUCUGGAGUAAAGGAGCAGCUGAAUAAAUCUUCUCUGUUGGGUUCAGAUCAGAUUUCUUUUAUUCCCUGGAGCUUUAGCAUACUUCAGGAGUUAUCUGUUAUUACAGCAGUUUUUAAAAAAGUUUCCAUUCAUUCCUACAGAUCAGAACCUGAACAUUGGACCGUUAAUCUGGAUGAAAUCUGAAGAGGUUCUUGUCUUGGCUGAGGGGAUCAUAGUUUCAUUUGAGUCAUUUUUACUCCAGUUUCCAGAAUGUUGAUGAUUAAUUGAAUUGAAAAGUUCCAGUUUUCAUGAUUACAUUCAAAGUUACAUUUUGAUUCAUUUCAUUUAUUUCAGAAUCACUCUCCAUAUCAUUUCUUGUGAUUUAUUUUUUUCCAAAAUCAUGGAGUUUAGAGCAGGCCAUCAUUUUUUACACUUUCUUGAAUGCAUGAUGGUGCAGCGCCGUCGUUUAGAGAACAGGUGGGUUUUGAACUGAAGGUCUGGAAACACAAAUAUCUGCUACUGACUGAAACCGCAGAGUUUCUGUUGUAUGGAAGACGUCUGCUGAGGGAUUCGAGGUUUUCAUUUUUAUGGUUCAGAUUCUACAACUUGUGAAAUCCAAAUACUUAUGGAGUCUUGUUUUGUAUUUCUAAAGCAAUCAUAGAUUUUUACCGUUGACAUUUUUUUCUAGAUGGUCAAAAAUGCACAUCAAAAUCGAGGCCAUAAUUUCAAAACUAAAGGUGGGACUCUACUAAAAUGUUUAAUGGACGUAAUUAGAGGAUCUGUUAUUAAUUAAUAAAAUUAUAUAUCGACAAAAUAAGCAACAUUUUAAAUUCAGAAACUUUUCCUGCUGAAUAAACAGACAUCUGAGCUCAACAGCAAAUCUAGUUUUUAUUUUGUCCUUCAACCAUCAGAACGCUGACAUUAGCGCUAGCUGCUACAUCAUUAGCAUUGAGAUGCUACUUUAGCCUUAAAUACCUUCACUAUUAUGUUAACCGCUUUUAACACAACUUGAACACAUUAGUCUUUUACAGACUAAAGUUGAACCCCGUGGGCCGAGAAGCGCCUGUGUCCGCCAUCACUGCUGUUAGCUUGUGCAUCAGUUUUAUGGGCAUACUAGACAUUUGCAAAAACAAAGGUUCCGGUUGGAAUAUUUCUAUGUUUUUCUUAAAAAAGAAGAAAGAAUAAUUGUGUUACAUUUUAAUCAAAAACAUUUUCUAUAUACUCAAAUUUAAUUUGAUUGUAUUACCCAUCUGGACUUUCUAUAGAAUUCCUCUACAUGUUGUAGUUUUACAGCAGCUGAAAUGUUGAUUAAAUUUAAGCAGCUCUUGAAAAUGUAACUUCCAGAACAUCGGGUCUGGAUAAAUCUGUCCUUUGCAACCAGAAAACAUCAGAUUUCCCAGGUGUUCACAUCAUCAGCUCGCCCAGAUUUAUUCGUCGUUUCUGGUUCUAGAAGGUAAAUUUAGAUUAAAGCGCCUCUGCUGCUCCAGGUAAAUCCAGAUGAAUCUCCCCUGAUUCCGGUGGCUCCAGGGUCGGACUGAUGUGAUCCUCGUUAUUUUCCAGAAAACUCUGGAUCUGUUGUGUGAUUGGACGUGAGUGCUGUAGCGCCGCCUCUGUUCAGAUAGUGUCACUGCAUGCUGCUUUUCUCGCUCUGUGGAAACUGAUGUGUUGCAUGUUUGUAGGUUUCAGUUGUUCGGUUCUCGCCUGUCUGUCGUGGCUUUUGGUGCCUCUUGUUUCCUUUGGUUUGUUUUGUACCUUUAGCCCCCUGGCGGGCUGAAGCACUUAUGG